AUGAGCAGAGGAAAUGAAACAGCAGACACAGAUUUCAUUUUCCUUGGACUAUCUCCCAGUUUCAGAUAUAUCAGCUUCCUUACCUACAUCAUUUUCUUGAGCUAUAUCAUCACUGUCUCUGGAAACUCCAUCCUGAUCCUCCUAAUUGGGGUGGAUUCCCGACUCCACACUCCCAUGUACUUGCUCCUCAGUCAUCUUUCUGCUAUGGACUUAAUUCUCAUCUCCACUACCAUCCCCAAGAUGGUCACCAACUUCUGGGUGCAGAGAAGAACCAUCUCACAGAUUGGCUGUGGAAUACAGAUGCUGCUGUAUGUCACCAUGACAGGUUCUGAAUGUCUCCUCUUGACCCUGAUGUCCUACAAUUGCUAUGUUGCCAUCUGCAACCCACUGAGGUACCCGGUCAUCAUGAAUCCCAGAGUCUGUCUACAGAUGACUACUCUCUCCUGGGUGGUGGGGUUCCUAAAUUCCUUGUUCCAUACUGUCUAUAUCACACACUUUCCACUCUGUGACUCCAAGGAGAUUUGGCACUUUUUCUGCAAAGUCUCAGCUAUCCUGAAGCUCUCCUGUGAGGAUACCUCUACGUAUGAAAUGAUUUUGUUUGUCAUGGGAAUUGUGUUCCUCCUCAUCCCCUUUGGACUCAUUUUCACCUCCUAUGGCAUCAUUUCCUUAAGUGUCUUUCUUAUGAGAUUCCCAGAGGGACAGAGCAAAGCCCUGGCCACCUGCUCCUCCCACCUCACAAUUGUAAGCCUCUAUUUUGGUUCAGGUGUCUUUCUGGUUAUGAUACCUCAAACCCAGUAUUCAGCACAGCAAAGCCAGGCUGUCUCCCUUUUCUACAACACCCUCAUCCCCAUGUUGAACCCCAUCAUCUACAGCCUGCAGAAUAAGGAAGUGUUGGGGGCUCUGAGAAACAUGCUGAGGAUUGGAGUCUGUUCUCAAAUUGCAGCCAGAAGACUUUAG